GAUAAUCAAUCUGGAAAGUCGUCUCUACUAGCUCGAUUGGAGAAAAACGAGAGUCAGGGCCAGCGUUCAGCUCUCGAGUAUCAUUUCUUGAAUGUACAGAACGAUUUCCGCGAUGGCAGCUACGCGUACCAGUUGGGUACCGCAGGUGCUCUUGGGCCAGCAGAAAAUUUCAGUUUACCGGUAUGGAUGUUGGAUGGCGAGGAGUGCUUCGCUCCGCUUAUCCAGUUUGCUUUACCAUUGCCCUCCCCCGCCAAAACUGUUGUUCUUUUAACAGCCUCUAUUGACAACCCCGGUCUGAUCCAUUCAAUACGGCGAUGGGCUAACAUACUCACUCAACAAGUCAUCCAAAAAUACGAUAAAGCUACUAUCACGGAAGCUAAAACAUUACAAGAACGGUUUUGGCAAGAAUAUGUUGAACCUGUCGAAUCGUCCAUGACGUCUUCAAUGGCUCCGGGAGCACUGGAUGAUGCUGGCUUGCUUCCAUUAGAACAAGGCGU